ACCCCCAGGAUGCUGCUCCUGCUGGCAGCACUGCAAAUCUUGGCUGUAGGCAUGGCACAGAACCAAAUGGAUGAGAACAAGAUCAUUGGUGGCUACACCUGCACCCAGAACUCCCAGCCGUGGCAGGCUGCUCUCCUGGCAGGCCCCGGGCGUCGCUUUCUCUGCGGAGCAGUCCUGCUGUCAGAAAAGUGGGCCAUCACUGCUGCUCACUGUGCCUACCCGAUCCUUCGGGUGGCUCUGGGCAAGCACAACCUGAGGAGAUGGGAGGCCACAGAGCAGGUGCUGAACGUGGCUCGCCAGGUGAUUUAUCCCAGCUACAACGCCCAGACCCACGACAACGACCUGAUGCUGCUGCAGCUACAGCCACCCGCCCGUCUGGGGAAGGCUGUGCAGCCCAUCAGCGUGGCCAACUCUUGCGCCAGAGCUGGGACCACCUGCCGUGUAUCAGGCUGGGGCACCAUAUCCAGCCCCGUUGCCAGGUACCCCAAUGGUCUGCAGUGCGUGAAUGUCGACAUCUUCUCAGACCAGGCGUGCCGGCAAGCCUACUCCAGAGCCAUCACUGCCGGCAUGGUCUGCGCAGGGGUCCCCCAGGGCGGGAAGGACUCCUGUCAGGGUGACUCUGGAGGACCCCUCGUGUGCCACGGACAGCUCCAGGGCCUCGUGUCCUGGGGGAUGGAGCGCUGCGCUCUGCCUGGUUACCCCGGGGUCUACACCAACCUGUGCAGAUACCGGAACUGGAUCCAGGAGAUGAUCCGGGGAAGAGGGUCAUCAGCGUGACCCUGCACCUUGACUUCAGCGGGCUUCGCGGGCUUUCCCGGACCCUCCUCUCCCCACUCAAGCCCUGGGAACCCCGGGACACAGCCCCACCUCCUGGCUGGUACCCCUGCCU